AUGAGAGCCAAUUUUUUGAUAGCCGUAUUGGCUCUGGUAGCUUACGUUACCGCUAAAGUUGACAAAAAAAAAAUAGUGUGCUACUUUGGCAGUUGGGCCGUUUACCGUCCCGGUAAUGGUCUGUUUGAGAUUUCCGACAUCGACCCGACUCUUUGCACUCACCUGGUCUACACGUUCAUCGGGAUUGAAGAAAACGCAGACGUAGUUAUCUUGGACAGGUGGGCAGACCUGCCGGAUGGAGGUGGUAAAAAUGGCUAUGCUAUCUUCAAUCAACUCCGAGGUACGAGUCCCGAUACAAGGACCCUGAUAGCCGUGGGUGGCUGGAAUCAAGGGUCUCGCAACUACUCGGUGGUGGCAGCCGAUCCUGCGUUGCGCGUGAAAUUAGCCGACAAUUUGGUGCGGUUCGCGAGAAAGUAUGGCUUCGACGGGCUCGACUUCGAUUGGGAGUAUCCCAAUCAAAGGGAAGGUUCAUCGAAAGCUGACAGACGGAAUUUCGUGCUGCUGCUGCGAGAGUUGAGAAAAAGAUGCGACGAGGCCGGGCUACUACUGACUGCCGCUGUUGGUGGAGCCUCGUCGUCGGCCAAAAAAUCUUACAUCAUACCCGAAAUAGUCAAGUACCUCGACAUUGUAAGUCUAAUGAUUUACGAUUUGCACGGAGAGUGGGACAACAAAACUGGAAUUAAUGCACCUUUUUACCCAGGCUCUUGGGAAACAGGGGACGAAAGACUCCUUAAUGUGAACGAGUCGAUAAAUUAUUGGUUAUCCGAAGGUGCCACACGUGAAAAACUCGUCUUGGGAAUCCCCACGUAUGGACGAACUUUCACCCUAAAAGAUCCGAAGAAUAACAGGAUCGGAGCUCCUACGACUGGACCUGGCAGGGCUGGACCGUACACAAGAGAAAAAAGUAGUUUAGGCUACAAUGAAAUAUGCGAGAUGCAGCUCAACGAAGAAGAUUGGGAGGUUUAUUUUCAAGAAGAACAACGUGUGCCUUACGCGGUCAAGGGCGACCAAUGGGUUGGCUAUGAUAAUGUCAAAUCCGUAACUGAAAAGGCCGAAUUUGUGAAAACUUUGGGGCUCGGGGGUGCCAUGAUCUGGAGCAUCGAAACGGACGACUUCCGAGGAAUUUGUGGUGCAAAGUAUCCUCUCCUGAAAACCUUAAAUCACAUUCUUCGCAACGGACAGGCUCUGCCGCCCCUUCCAACUACAACCAAGGCUCCGCCUCAUGCUGUUGAACCCCAGUGCACGUCUGCCGGCUACGUACGUGACUUUUACGACUGCGCUGUCUUUUACCACUGUAUGCCCGACGGAAAUGGCGGAUACAACAAGUUCAGGCUACAGUGUCCAAAUAACAAACAUUUUAAUGAAAAAAAUAACUCAUGCGACGACCCCGAUAAAGUUGACUGCGUGCCAAUUUUUUAUUGA